CUUGCCUCGGCUCUCGACGCCGCCAACCAGACUCGCUUGCGUCUGCCGCCGCCGCCGUCGCCGUGCCUGCCUCUUGCUUCUUUUGCGGCAAGCAACGGUCGGAAACUGGGGGAUUGUCGAUCAAUAGAAAACUGAAGCCAUAUGUGAGAGGCCUGCUCGCUUUCUCGAUCGUCUACCCUUCUUUCUAUCAGAUACGGCGGGGACUCAACCCUAGAAGACAAGGGCUUCCGAAGGAGAUCGUCCCUUCUCUGCCUCAUCCUUCUUUUUUUUUUUGGGAAAAGAGUCUCCACUGUCACCACACCCUCCGCUUCCUUGGACUUGAUUUGCACCUAGGAAGGCUUCCUUCGGCCUUCGAGAUAUCGCUUCAACUAGAGCUUCGGAAUCCAAUCCACCAAGGAAGAAAGUUAACAAGUACAGGAUUAGUCUUUAGAUCAAUCAAGCUGGCAUAUGCAUUGGCAGGUUUGAACAACUUCGGAAAUGAAAAACUUUCAAUUUCAUUAUAAGCAUUCUGAUGGUAUCCGACGGAACAUAGCAAGCAUUACCAACAUCAUGGGAGACAUUUUAUUCCUUUGUUAGCUGUCAGGAUGGAGAAAGUUAAAAGAAGAUUCUAGUUGUCUCGCAUGAAAAACACCAAACAGAUUGUUUGAUGUCCUAUAUCUGAAUAAGCACCUGCUCCAUCAACUACAUUUGGCAUUCAUGGAACCAUUGCGGAAGCAAUUGAGAAGACGAUGUCUUUCAAGAAUCCCACUCUGUUUGAUCUGUCUAUUUGCUCCUAUUAUGUGCUUGGUUUACUUAAUCCAGGCAAACCUUCCUGAGGCUUCACAUGGCAACCUUAUCAUGGAAUCGCGCAAGGCCUUAGUAUUCCCCGAGACUGUAGAAGGACUUGGAGAAUUUGGUGACAUGAUGCUCACUAUGUUGCCUGAUGAUCUCGCAUUUACAGUAUUUGCACCAUCAGAAGAGGCCAUCAGACAGUCGUUGAAGCUGAAACCCCAUGACAGCUUGAGUAAGGAUAAAUAUAACAAUACAUAUGCGAUAAUCUCUCGUGUGAUGGGAUUUUCUACAGUUCCGCAGCAUAUACCUUCUGAAACAAUCCCCUCACACACAGAGAGAGCAUUUGAUUCUAUAUCUGGACUGAAAUUAUAUGCUUGGAAAGAUUUUGAUGGGACUCUGGUUGUAAAUGGCAUUAGGUCAGCGACUGUCGAUAUGAGAAAAUCUGAGAUCAUUGUGCACAUAAUGAAUGGCGUUCUCAUGGAUGCUGCAUUUGAGCAGUCAUUUGCGUCUGACGAGGAAGACUAACAAGAUUUAUUUCAAGAUAUUAUUGUUUAGCAAUCACUUACUUUUUAUUACACUCCAAUACACUUGGAAAAACAAUUGUAUAUGCAAUUCCCUUUGCUUUUAAAAAACUUAAUUCGUAUGGUUUCUGAUAUAGAAUUGCAUAUUUUUCUUUUCCUUGUAUCAAUUAUGAUUUUGUAAUUUCAAUUAUGUUUUUUCACAAAUCUGAUGUGUGAUUUAUAUUGACUAUCCAUUCGAACUAU